AUGUCUUCUUCCAAUAAUGAUUACAAUAAUUGUAAUAACAGUGGAGUGCACCCACUAUCUCUUUAUCUAGCUUCACUCUCCGGCCAUCAAGGCAUCAUCCGUAAUCCCUACAGUCAUCAGCUAACUGCAUCUCCGGCCAAAAUGGUAUCAGCAGUGCCUGAGUCUUUGAUCGAUUACAUGGCGUUUAACUCAAACAAUUCUGUGAAUCAGCAAAGUUUCGAGAUUCCUGAGGUGUCAAGGGAAAUCAAGAAGGCGGUGAAGAAGGACCGGCAUAGCAAGAUUUACACGGCACAAGGGCUUAGAGACAGGAGGGUAAGGCUUUCUAUUGGGGUUGCUCGCCAAUUCUUCGACCUACAGGAUAUGUUGGGGUUUGAUAAAGCCAGUAAAACAUUAGACUGGUUACUCAAUAAAUCAAGAAAAGCCAUCAGAGAGCUUGUCCAAGAAAAAAAGCUCAACAAUGAUGAUAAUGAUAUUGGAAACAAUGGAGGUGAUCUGGAAGAGGAAGAGGAUGUUGAUGACGAUGAUGAUGCCAACAAAAGAUUUUUGUAUGGUUCGAGUCCUGAGUACUGUGAAGAAGACGUGGUAUGUGAAGUCAAGAAGGCAGAAAAGAGAAAGAAGAAGAGUGACUCGAGCAACAUAUCUUCAAAGGGUGCAAGAGCAAAAGAUAAGGGAAAAGCAAAGGAGAGAACAAGGCAGAUGGCCUAUGAUCAUCCAGAAACCUUCUCAGAUAUCACACAUUCUGAAAUCAUGGACCCAUUCAAGAGGUCUACAAUCUUCAAUGAAGGAGAAGACAUGGCACAUCCUUUCUACAAGGAAGCAAUGGCAGAGUUUAAUAAUCAAGAAUCUAUCUUAACCAAGACGAAGAUCAACCUUCCAACGAAUAUGGAUCAAAGUUACAAUCAACAUUAUGGGACAUUUCUGUUGAAAGAUCAGAGGUCUAGCAGCAGCUAUAAUACCAUUCUGCCUCAAAAUUUGGAUUUUGAUUAUGAUCAAAGCCCUUUUGUUGAUCAACCCUUUUGUGCAGUCACCGACACAAAUUUCCCCAGAGGUAUAGUUUGGAUUCAAGACUCUUUUCUAGCUUAA